GUCACUUCUGGGAAAGACAAGAGAAACAGAAAGGCAGUUUUGUAGUGUGGUUUGCAUAAAUGUAUCUUAAAAUUAACUGAUAACAGUAGACACAAUAAGUAGAAUACAGAAAUGGAUGCUGUUCUUUGAAUAUCUGUUUGAAGAAUGAGGGAGAUGGUAGAUUUUCAGAAGUUACCGAUAAUUUGUGUAUCCUGGUACAGCACUGUGAAAACAAGUUUGUUGACGUGAUCUACUAUUGCACAGGCCUGGAGAGAGUGGGUUGGAUAGAGACUCGUUAUUUGACUAGCAGACGAACAUUAAGAAAUACAAGGUAGCGGUUUGUUUGUUUUCUUUUGUCAAAAGAAAGUUCUGGAUAUUUCGCCGGAUAAAGUCAAAUAUAACCGAAAAGAAGUAUGGAGAAGCCCCCAUUCAGACAGAUUCAGAUAUGUGGCGUCUGGGAAAUGAAGGAUAAACUCGGAACAGGAGGAUUUGGCAACGUCUAUUUAUACCAACAUUUGGAAACCAAUGAAAAGAUUGCUGUUAAAUCGUGCCGCUUGGAUUUGAAUGCAAAAAACAAAGAGAGAUGGAGCCAUGAAAUUCAGAUUAUGAAAAAGCUAAAUCAUCCAAAUAUUGUAACAGCACGAGACGUACCUGAGGAAAUGAAGAAUAUUGCUUUUAAUGAUCUUCCACUUUUAGCUAUGGAAUACUGCUCCCGGGGUGACCUGAGGAAGCUUUUAAAUAAACCAGAAAAUUGCUGUGGGCUGAAAGAAAGUGAAGUGCUUUCCUUACUCAGUGAAGUUGGGUCAGGUAUCCAGUAUUUGCAUGAAAACAGGAUUAUACACAGAGACCUUAAGCCAGAGAACAUUGUGCUUCAGGAAAUCAAUGGAAAGUUGGUACACAAAAUAAUUGACCUGGGAUAUGCAAAAGACCUGGAUCAAGGAAGUCUGUGUACAUCUUUUGUUGGAACAUUACAGUACUUGGCACCUGAGCUGUUUGAGAAUAAGCCAUAUACAGUAACAGUAGAUUACUGGAGUUUGGGGACAAUGGUAUUUGAAUGCAACUGUGGUUUUCGUCCAUUUUUACACAAUCUUCAACCUGUGCAAUGGAACAAUAAAAUCCGUCACAAAGGCCCAAAGGAUAUCAUGGCUGUUGAAGAGAUGAAUGGUGAAGUCAAGUUUUCCACCCAUCUGCCGUACCCUAAUAGGCUUAGCAGAACAAUGGUGGAGCCCCUUGAAAACUGGCUACAAAUGAUGCUGAAAUGGGAUCCUGUACAAAGAGGAGGGGGUAUAGACCCUAAUACAAAGAAGGCCCUAUGCUUUUCAUUUUUAGAUCAGAUAUUAAGUAUGAAGGUAGUGCAUAUCUUGAACAUGGCCUCUGCAAAAGUCCACUCUUUCCAACUGACUCCUGACGAAGGUCUCCACUCGCUUCAGCAGCGCAUUGAAGCAGAAACUGGCAUAAAACCGCUUAACCAGGAGCUACUGUUAGAGACAGGAGUAUCCCUUGACCCUAGAAAACCUGCCAGCCAGUGUGUGCUCGAUGGAGUGAGAGGCUGGGACAGCUACAUAGUGUAUUUGUUUGACAAAAGCGUGACUGAAUAUGUAGGACCUUUUGCUGGCAGAAAAUUACCAGACAAUGUGAAUUUCAUUGUGCGGGAAUCAAAAACGCAGUUAUCUAAUACCGCAUUAAGGAAAGUGUGGGGAGAAGCAGUGAGUUACGUCUGUGGACUCAAAGAGGAUUACAGCAGGCUCUUUCAAGGACAAAGAGCAGCAAUGUUAAGCCUUCUUCGGUACAAUACUAACCUUACAAGGUGUAAGAACGUGAUGUUUUCCCUCUCCCAGCAAUUAAAAGCCAAGCUGGAUUUCUUUAAGAGCAGCAUUAAGUAUGACUUGGAGAAAUACAGUGAUCAGAUGCACUAUGGAAUAUCUUCUGAGAAGAUGUUGAAGACUUGGCAAGAGAAUGAAGAGAAAGCUGCUGCUUAUGCACAGGUUGCAGAAAUCAGCCACUUGGAUGAAGAAAUAAUGUCUCUGCACUCCGAGAUCGUCGAACUGCAAAGAAGUCCAUACGCAAGGCGCCAAGAAGAUGUUAUGGAGAAGCUAGAAGUGGAAGCAAUUGAAUUAUACAAGCAACUAAAAGCAAAAUGUAAAGCAGAUCCACAGCAUGCUUACAGUGACAGUUCAGAGAUGGUGAAAGUUAUUGUAAAAACAGUCCAGUCUCAAGACCGAGUUCUAAAGGACCUGUAUGCACAUUUAAGUAAGAUUCUGUUGAGCAAGCAAAAGAUCAUUGACUUGUUCCCAAAGAUUGAUAAAGUUCUUGAAAACAUCAAAGAAGCUGAUAGCAAUGUGAUGCAGAUGCAGAUGAAAAGACAAAGAGAAUUUUGGCAUUUGCUAAAAAUUGCUUGUGCUCAGAAUUUAGCUCGACCAUUUAUGACUCAGAGUCCUGAGGCUUCACAAUCAUUACAGCUGUCAGCCUGGACACAGCAAGGACAGCCUAUUGCCACACCUACAAAUGCACCACAUGCACUCACCUCCUUGCCAGGAGUGAAUGACAGUGACUCUGUUUCCCGUUUACUGGAGGAGAACCAGAAAUGCUUGGCCCAGUUAACCAGUGUGAUGCAGGAAACCACUGAUGAACAAUCUAGAAGCAUAAUGGAUCAAGACUGGAGUUGGACAGAGUAAGAAGUUGUCACAGAAAAACCAACAAACACCUACAAUCAUCUGUUAAACUGAAUGAUUUCUUUUUGGCAUUCUCUAUUACAAAACACUAUCAAAGGAUUUUUCUUUUGAAUACAGAAGUGUUCAACCAUUACUUUCUGAAGCCUGUUUUUAUUGUUUCAAUAAUAAUAUCCACACCACUUAAAUGCACUGAAAUAUAAAAGUUAUAAUCCAUAGAGCAGAUUCCAUGUGGUGCAUAUUUUUGUCUUGUUUCUUAAUUGUUCUAAUCAAUCAGUCCAGCUGCAUCCAUAAAACUUUAAAACCAAGACAUAUAUUUUAACAGUGUAGACAAUAUAUACAGCACCUUACUUCAAUAAGGAUAGUUUGCCUUUGGUCUCAUUUAUUAACUACUAUAAAAGACGAAGAGACAGUUUUGGUCUUUUGUACAUUCCUGUACAUUUUUUUAUUCUGGUUUGUUGGAAAUGUGAAUGGACUUACCAG